AUGCACUCUGUAAGGAGGGGAAGAUACACUCAGAGGUGGCUUGAGCAAAAGAAGGAAAAGGACGAGAUCCCGCUCAAUCCUACGGUGUCCACCUGUAUGAUGGGAGUAUGCCUGCUUUCUUUCGGGUUUCAUGCGGCCGUCAUCUUCGGCUUCGAAAGCAACAAGAGGUGGUUAGGAUCAGUUGGUCGCAGCAGCCAUUAUUCUCAUACACCCAAUGACGACAGUGGACUGUCACUGCCUCACAGAGGCGAAGAAUGA